AAAAAAAAAACCAUUAAAAAUCGACAAGAAAAAAACAGGGAAGAAAAAAAAGAUGGGUCUUGGUUUGGAUUCUCGGGGCUUCAGCAAGUUCUUGGCAACGGUGUUUCUUGUGAUCGCCGUCGCCGGAAAAAUCGCCGCCGCCGCCUCGUACUCUCCGGCAUAUCAGGGAAGCUCUUGGCGCCAAGCACACGCCACUUUCUACGGCGACGAGACCGCUAGCGAAACCAUGGGUGGGGCAUGUGGCUAUGGAAACCUAUGGAACAGUGGCUAUGGCGUGGCCACGGCGGCACUGAGCACAACAAUGUUUAAGGAUGGUUAUGCCUGCGGACAAUGCUUUCAGAUCAGAUGUGUAUCGUCUCCACAUUGUUAUUACGGAAGCCCUUCGGCCAUAGUGACCGCAACCAAUCUAUGCCCUCCCAAUUGGUAUCAAGACUCUAACAAUGGCGGUUGGUGCAAUCCUCCUCGUGACCAUUUCGAUAUGUCCAAACCCGCUUUCAUGAAGAUCGCUAACUGGAAGGCGGGGAUCGUUCCCGUCUCAUACCGAAGAGUGCCAUGCAGAAGAACGGGAGGGAUAAGGUUCCAGUUCCAGGGCAACGCUUACUGGCUGCUCGUGUUCGUGAUGAACGUGGGCGGGGCUGGUGACGUGGCGAGCAUGGCGGUGAAAGGGAGCCGUACGAAUUGGAUAAACAUGAGCCACAACUGGGGAGCCUCUUACCAAGCCUUUGCAUCACUCUACGGCCAGUCUCUGUCGUUCCGGCUCACCUCUUACACCACUCGUCAGACCAUCUACGUCUGGAACGCCACUCCAGCUAAUUGGCAAGCCGGCAUGACCUACAAGAGCUACGUUAACUUCCGCUAAGCCCUCCGGCCCGGGUCUCUGUGAAAUUACAGUUUUACCCUUUCAGUCGAAAUUAGGGUUUUCUCUCCCUCGCGCGUUUUCGGGUUUAGGAGUUUCAGUGCCCUUGUUGGAAUGGGCCGGCUUCGUGUGUUUGGGUCAUUUGAUAUUUCAUCAUGUGGUGGAACUCGAAAUUUUGGAGUUUCCGACAUUGAUGAUGGAGUUUCUGUGGUUGCAAGUUGUAACUCUAUCUCGCUUUUGUCUUCUCAUGUACUUUUUUGUAAUGGUGAAUUUGUCUAUAAAGGAUAAAACGCC